UAGUCAUCACAAGUGAGUGGAAUGUAUUUAUGUAAUGUAAAUUAGGAUUAUUCAUUCAUGCUUUGAAGCUAUAAAUAUAGCCAUUGUGAUGUUAAACAUUCAGACCAUACCUCCUUCAGAGCAUCUGCUAAGCAAAAUCAUGAGCGCCAGGAAGGCAAAUCUUUUUGCAUUAGCGGUCAUGGCAUUCUUCUUCGUAGGAAUUGUAAUUGCUGAUGUGACACAAGGAAAUUCAGAAGAUCUUUUCCUUGGUAGAACUGAUGGUCAUAAUCAUGCAGCUUAUGGUGCUAAUACUCACUCAAACAGUGGAGUUAUGAACAAAGGAGAGAAUUCAGGUGCAGAUUCUAAUGAAAGAAAGCUCAUGGUCAGUACUACUGAUGGACAGACAGAUGGCACUAUGUCACCACGUCAUCGAUCCCCAGAUUGGUACUGUCAGUAUAUUGGGAAAACAGAACACUGUCCUUAGAAUGUUUCUAGCCUGCCCAGUCCUAGAAUAAAUGUGGCCUUCUUUACCUAUAUUAUGAUACUAGCUAAUAAUACUUAAACAAAUAAAUGUCUAGGACAGAUGGAGUUGGAUCAUAUUAUGGGAAUAUAAAGACAUGAGCAUUAUGGGUGUAUCCAAUAUGCACCCUAGACUACUGUAAGGCAUGUAUCAUGCCUAUGUAAAUCAAGGAGACUUCCUUGUAGUUUAUUGCAUAUGGAAAAAUAAUACAACCACACUGGACAACUGAGUUUGGCUGGUUUGUGUAAUGUA